CGUUGAAUGGCCUUAGGUAGUUCCAUGGCCUCGGUUAUCCAUAAACCGAGUGCCGGUGAGAGCCUUGACAAACCCUUGGGUGCUGCAGCUGCAAUACUCUACCUAUGAGAGAUGAGGUAAUACCUUGCUGUAAAUAGAUUUGUCAAGACAGAGAACCUCACCUCCCACUCCCUGAAGGACCUGGUAUGUAACGAACUACCAAGGUAGAGGCCCGAGGAUAAUUAACGAGCCGGAAAAGGAGCCCCAAGCUCUAGAGAGACACCCGCCAAAACAGCCAAUUACCAUCCAGUUAAUUGUCAAAAAGAAGUCCUCUGCUGGGUCCAAAAGCGGUAAUAGCCACCCUGGCGAUCGUGCCUUCCCCACUAUCGGCCCUCUCUACUCGCACCGCGAAAGAAAGAAAGAGUCAACGGCGGCAGAAAGUUGCUUAGUUGCCGCCGGCGCCAGGACAUUUCUUCCCUCCUUGAGCUCCUCCAAAAGGAAUACUUUUCCCUUUCCAUUUCCCCUCACCUUGGGUCUCGCUCACUCAUCUAUCGCAAAUACUGCUCCCGGCGGCUGAACUUCCAAUUCGCCUUCAGCUCUAUACCGUCAUCAUGCCCGCCCCACGACCAGUUUCGCGAUGCCUCCAGCGCAGUUCGGGAGUGCUUUCUCGUCCCCAAGUUCGCCCCGCUAGAUCCAACCUCUCUAUCGCCACAAUCUCAGCUACAUCAUCUAUUACAAGAAGGACAUCUACGGCAGUAUGGUCUGGCGCAAGGGUUCCAAUGGCUUCUCGUGCCUUUAGCACUACCUCUCGACUUCGAGAUGAUGACGAAGAUUUCGACCCCGCGAGCGUUGAGCGAGAGUCCGACGAGGUUGAUGUCUGUAUUGUAGGAGCUGGUCCCGCUGGACUCAGCGCCGCUAUUCGUCUCAAGCAACUUGCUAAUGAAGCUGGAAACGAGGAUUUUCGGGUGCUUGUCCUGGAAAAGGCUGGUGACCUCGGCGCUCACAUCCUCUCUGGAGCUGUGAUCCAGCCCACCUCCAUCAACGAACUUAUCCCUGACUGGCUCGACGAGAACAAUCCCAAUCGUUUCGAACAUGCCACUCCUGCUGGCACCGACCGUAUGCGAUUCCUCACCAAGAACUCUGCUAUACCCAUUCCAGCGCCUCCUCAAAUGACCAAUCAUGGAAAUUACAUCGUUAGCUUAAACCAAUUCGUAAAAUGGCUUGGAGAGCGGGCUGAGGAGAUUGGAGUUGAGGUUUACCCCGGAUUCGCUGCCUCUGAGGUCGUUUAUGCUUCAGAUGGUUCAGUUAAGGGUGUCGCCACCAACGACCUUGGAGUUGGCCGUGAUGGCAAGCCCAAGGAAACGUUCGAGCGAGGCAUGGAGUUCCAUGCGAGAGUCACCAUGUUUGGCGAAGGAUGCCAUGGAAGCCUGAGCAAACAGGUUAUCAACAAAUUCGAUCUGCGCAGGGACAGCCAGCACCAGACUUACGGCCUUGGUGUCAAAGAGGUUUGGGAGAUUGAUCCUGCCAAGUUUGAAAAGGGUCUAGUUGUGCAUUCAAUGGGUUACCCGCUACCCAAAGAUGUGUACGGCGGCUCUUUCAUGUACCACUUUGGCGAGAACCUGGUUCAAAUUGGUCUCGUCGUCUCGCUUGAUUACUCGAACCCUUGGAUGUCCCCUUACCAGGAGUUCCAGAAGUUGAAGCGGCACCCCUUGUUCCGUGAUGUCCUCGAGGGCGGCAAGUGCAUCUCGUACGGUGCUCGAGCUCUUAUUGAGGGUGGUUUCCAGUCUAUUCCCAAGGUCGCUUUCCCAGGCGGUGCGCUCAUUGGUGACUCGGCUGGCUUUGUCAACGUUCCGAAGGUCAAGGGCACUCACAAUGCCAUGAAGUCAGGCAUGCUUGCCGCCGAGGCAGCAUGGACUGCUAUUAGCGAAAAGACCGACGAAGGCACAGUAUUCUUGUACGACUACGAGAACAAGUUGAGAGAUUCUCCUAUCUGGAAGGAACUCAAGGAGGUGCGCAACAUGCGACCCUCUUUCCACACUCCUCUCGGUCUUUAUGGCGGUAUCAUGUACUCUGGCCUCGAGGCUUAUGUCUUCAAGGGUCGUGUUCCUUGGACACUUAGGCAUAAGACUCCCGACCACGCUGCUACCCUUCCUGCCGAUAAGGUACCCAAGAUCGAGUACGAGAAGCCUGACGGCAAGCUCACGUUUGAUAUCUUGACGAGUGUUUCCCGAACAGGAACCAAUCACGAGGAGGAUCAACCGGUUCAUUUACAAGUCAAGGACUGGGACGCUCACGCUGAGUCAACAUACCCUCCUUUCAAGGGUCUGGAGAACCGAUUCUGCCCAGCUGGUGUUUACGAGUAUGUUGAGGAUGAGUCAAAGCCCCACGGCGUGCGCUUCCAAAUUAACGCACAGAAUUGCAUCCAUUGCAAAACGUGCGAUAUCAAGGCUCCUCACCAGGACAUCAACUGGCAGGUGCCUCAAGGAGGUGAAGGUCCCAAAUACUACAUGACCUAAGGAAACCAAACAUUUAUCCUUUUGGAAGCCACACUUUUUCGUUAUGUAUUCUGUAUGAUACCUUGUUUAUAUACCUUUAUGCAUCAUUGGCGCGUUGGGGACAGUCAAUUGUUAUAAAGGCCGAGAGUAAGAGAUGGAAGGUUUGACAUUUGGAGCAUAUUUGGAGUCAAGGUAUAAAUGCAAAAAUAUGAGUUUUGGUACAGAGUGAAGAUCUAUAAAAUUGGCGGGCGACUGAAAGCGUGUUGCAAUAGCACAGAGGUGCUUAUUCUUCAGCUAGAAGCAAUAGAGAUGGUGUCGUUCCAUAGGAAGGCCACUUGAGCCGCAUGCACUUGCGCUUAUCGGCAUGUGAACAAAGAGGAAUGGCGAAAGCCAAGAACGUCCAAUGUGGAGAGCUACUAUAGUCCUUGCGGAUUCCGCGGCUACAUGUCUCUUGACAUGUGCGGAUAUUUCUUUGAAUAACAACAUGACAAUUCCAAUUGCUGGACGAC